AGCUGUACGAUACCUCUGAGGCACCAGGCAAAUUUUGAGUGUCAAAGAGCAAUGCGUUUAGGUUCAAUUGUGAAACUACUUACGACGGCUGCUCUUGCGGUGUUGCCCACGGUUGCGCAACAUAUCACCCAAGACACUACCAACAAUGGAAUUGUUCUCUUACAAGGAGACGUUAUUGUUGAUCAAGGCGCUUAUUGGAACGUCUAUAAUACCUUGUCAGAAGCAUUUACUGGAAAUAUUUUAAUCAAUGGACGUUUGUAUAUGACACUUGAUAGUAGUUCAGGGUUGGGAACUUUAUCUAUAUCUUCUGCAACCCUGUUAGACUUUACCAACAAUGGAUUGGUAUUCUUCAAAUCCAUUAAAUCCGCUUUGGGCCCUAUUUAUUCAAUGGUCACCAAGACUUUUCACAACACUGGAGACAUUUUCUUCAUUGCACAGGGAAAUGUCGUUGGUGCCAUGUUCACCAUUGCGGCUCCUACUUGGAACAAUGACAAAGGAGCGUCUAUUUACUUGUACGCAAGUUCCAGAUCAACUGGGUAUGCUACUUUAGGAGCCUCUGGAAGCACCAUCAACAACAACGGUCAAAUUUGUAUCAGGAAUUAUAGAUGGCCCGUUGCUCCAAGCGUACAAGGAAAUGGUUGUAUCAAUGUUGGUGUUAAUUCUAACCUUGGUACUUUGAAUGUUCCGUUUGAUCUGCAACAAACAAUUUAUCUCUCUACACCAAGUUCAACCUUGCAAGUUUCGGCUCUUAGUACACAAACAUACUUAGUAUCUGGGUUUGGUGGAGGUAAUGCCAUUGCGCUUACAGUCCUGCUUACUAAUAUUAAGUACGAUCCGAACACUGGUAUAUUGAAUCUUGUUACAGGAUUGCCUCCGCUUACUUUCAACCAUUACUUUAAUAUUGGUAAAGGAUAUGACAGCAGCUUAAUUAAGCGUCAAACGUUUUAUGAUCUCGGAACUGGGCUCGGUAACAGUAUCAUUAAUUCCGCAGUAAUUUAUGAUGGACCAGUACCAGCAGAAAGUACACCCAAUGAUGUCUGCUCAGUGUGCAGAGACGAACCACCAUACCCUCCACCAAGUGCAACCACAAUCACCACUGAAUGGACCGGUUCAGUAACCUCUACUAGUACAGUAACACCCACAGACCCUUAUGCAGGCACCACAACUGUUGAGAUCUUGACACCUCCACACCUUACCACUGUUACCACUUCAUGGACUGGCACAUUUACUUCUACUAGUACAGUAACUCCAACUAACUCUGAUGGUACAACCACUGUUGAAAUUUUCACUCCACCACACGUUACCACUAUCACCACAGAAGGAACUGGUACUGCCACAUCUACCGUGACUAUCACUCCAACCAACUCUGAUGGUACUACUACUGUCGAAAUUUUCACUCCACCACAUGUGACCACCAUCACUACUGAGGGAACUGGUACUGCCACAUCCACUGUGACUAUCACUCCAACCAACUCUGAUGGUACUACUACUGUCGAAAUUUUCACUCCACCACAUGUGACCACCAUCACCACAGAAGGAACUGGUACUGCCACAUCUACUGUCACUAUCACUCCAACCAACUCUGAUGGAACUACCACUGUUGAAAUUUUCACUCCACCACAUGUGACCACCAUCACCACAGAAGGAACUGGUACUGCCACAUCUACCGUGACUAUCACUCCAACCAACUCUGAUGGUACUACCACUGUUGAAAUUUUCACUCCACCACAUGUGACCACCAUCACCACAGAAGGAACUGGUACUGCCACAUCUACCGUGACUAUCACUCCAACCAACUCUGAUGGUACUACUACUGUCGAAAUUUUCACUCCACCACAUGUGACCACCAUCACUACUGAGGGAACUGGUACUGCCACAUCCACUGUGACUAUCACUCCAACCAACUCUGAUGGUACUACUACUGUCGAAAUUUUCACUCCACCACAUGUGACCACCAUCACUACUGAGGGAACUGGUACUGCCACAUCUACUGUCACUAUCACUCCAACCAACUCUGAUGGUACUACCACUGUUGAAAUUUUCACUCCACCACACGUUACUACCAUCACUACUGAGGGAACUGGUACUGCCACAUCCACUGUCACUAUCACUCCAACCAACUCUGAUGGUACUACCACUGUCGAAAUUUUCACUCCACCCAACUCAUCCAGUAUCUUUUCUACCGGAUCUGUUCCUUCUUCCCCAUCAUCCUCGUCUAUUGAAUCUUCCGCGUUUGAGUCUUCUUCUGCCGUCGAAUCAUCUUCUGCUGGCCCAAGUUCAUCAUCCGUUGAAUCUUCCUCCGCUGUUGAAUCUUCGUCUGCUGGUCCAAGUUCAUCAUCCGUUGAAUCUUCUUCCGCCGUCGAAUCAUCUUCUGCUGGCCCAAGUUCAUCCUCCGUUGAAUCUUCUUCUGCCGUCGAAUCUUCGUCUGCUGGUCCAACUUCAUCAUCCGUUGAAUCUUCUUCUGCCGUCGAAUCAUCUUCUGCUGGCCCAAGUUCAUCAUCCGUUGAAUCUUCCUCCGCUGUUGAAUCUUCGUCUGCUGGUCCAAGUUCAUCAUCCGUUGAAUCUUCUUCCGCCGUCGAAUCAUCUUCUGCUGGCCCAAGUUCAUCCUCCGUUGAAUCUUCUUCUGCCGUCGAAUCUUCGUCUGCUGGUCCAACUUCAUCAUCCGUUGAAUCUUCUUCUGCCGUCGAAUCAUCUUCUGCUGGUCCAAGUUCAUCAUCCGUUGAAUCUUCUUCCGCCGUCGAAUCAUCUUCUGCUGGCCCAAGUUCAUCAUCCGUUGAAUCAUCUUCUGCCGUCGAAUCUUCGUCUGCUGGCCCAAGUUCAUCAUCCGUUGAAUCAUCUUCUGCCGUCGAAUCUUCGUCUGCUGGCCCAAGUUCAUCAUCCGUUGAAUCAUCUUCUGCCGUCGAAUCUUCGUCUGCUGGUCCAAGCUCUUCUUCAGUUGAAUCUUCUUCUGCUGUUGAAUCUUCUUCUGCCGUCGAAUCUUCGUCUGCUGGCCCAAGUUCAUCAUCCGUUGAAUCUUCUUCUGCCGUCGAAUCUUCGUCUGCUGGCCCAAGUUCAUCAUCCGUUGAAUCUUCUUCUGCCGUCGAAUCUUCGUCUGCUGGCCCAAGUUCAUCAUCCGUUGAAUCUUCUUUUGCCGUCGAAUCAUCUUCUGCUGGUCCAAGCUCUUCUUCCGUUGAACCUUCCUCUUUUGUGUUACCUUCAGGUUGCACUUUCUUGGAGAAGAGGGACGGAACAUAUAACGGUAUGCCUUACGGAUGCCCAACUACCUCAAGUGAUUUUGUAAGUUCUGCUACUCCAUCCUCAGCAUCCAGUGCUAGUGUCUCAAGUUAUAGUAGUACUUCUAUCAUACCGUCAUCUACUGAAACUAGCAGUGGAUUCUCAUUCUCGUGGUCAAAUUCUACUUAUUCGUCGUCAGAAGUCAUUAGUACUUCGGUUUCUUCGAUUUCGUUGACAUCAAGCGGUUCCAUUUCAACAAGCUCAUCUACAGUUGUUUCACCGUCAGCUGUCUUAUCGUCCACUGGUAGCUCAUCUGCUCCAAGUUCUUCCGCUGCUGAAACAUCAUCUGCUGGUCCAAGUUCUUCUGCUGCUGAAUCAUCAUCUGUUGUUGAAUCUUCAUCUGCUGGUCCAAGUUCUUCCGCUGUCGAAUCAUCAUCUGCUGGUCCAAGUUCUUCCGCUGCUGAAUCAUCAUCUGUUGUUGAAUCUUCAUCUGCUGGUCCAAGUUCUUCUGCUGCUGAAUCAUCAUCUGCUGGUCCAAGUUCUUCCGCUGCUGCAUCUUCAUCUGUUGUUGAAUCAUCAUCUGCUGGUCCAAGUUCUUCCGCUGCUGAAUCAUCAUCUGUUGUUGAAUCAUCAUCUGCUGGUCCAAGUUCUUCCGCUGCUGAAUCAUCAUCUGUUGUUGAAUCAUCAUCUGCUGGUCCAAGUUCUUCCGCUGCUGAAUCAUCAUCUGCUGGUCCAAGUUCUUCCGCUGCUGAAUCAUCAUCUGCUGCUGAAUCAUCAUCUGCUGGUCCAAGUUCUUCUGCUGCUGAAUCAUCAUCUGCUGUCGAAUCAUCAUCUGCUGGUCCAAGUUCUUCCGCUGCUGUAUCUUCAUCUGCUGGUCCAAGUUGGUCCACCGUUGAAUCCUCAUCUGGAGCUGAGUCGUCUGCCACUCUUAGCGCCUCCACUCUGGUUUUAUCAUCAACCAUUGAAUCUUCUACCUCAAGCACUCUCCCAGCGAUUUCUUCGUCUACCGGUGCUUCAUCUGUUCAUUCAUCUGAAGGAGAAUUGUCAUCUUCAUUUGUAUUGCCUUCUGGCUGUACUUUCGUAGGUAAACGUGAUGGGACAUAUAAUGGGCUUGCUUACGUUUGCCCAACGACUUCAAGUGACGCUUCUGAAACAACUGGAAAAUCUAGCGAUGUGCAUACUGUCAGUUCUACUGACACUAAUACAGUGACAUACGACUCAACCUUCAGCAGUACUGUGUCGCUGGUCACCAAAUCCCUGUCAGUUGUAUCGUCCAUAUCGGAAACGAGUACGCCAUUAACUACAGGAAAGGUCACUACUAUUACUACUGGAUGGACUGGAACUUUUACCAGUACAUCCACUCUUGUUGGUAGCGAAUCUACCACGGUUGAAAUAUUGACACCAACUUCUAUUCCUGGCGAGACUGUUACCAAAACUGAUGUAUCAACAACUGUUAUUACAAUAACUUCUUGUGAUGAUCAUAAAUGUACUGAAGUUCCAGUUACCACUGGCGUUUCAGUUGUAACUGUCACAAUUGAUGAGUCGGUUACGUCUUACACCACUUACUGUCCAUUGACAUCGAGCCCUGUGAGCACACAGACCGACGAGAACGUAGUUACUACAGUUGUUACAGUCACAUCUUGUGCUAACGACAAAUGUUCCGAAGUACCGGUUACAACAGGAGCUACUGUAGUAACCGUCACCGUUGACAACACUAUAACCACCUACACAACUUACUGUCCAUUGUCUUCCACACCAACUACCAUUGCUACCAGCGAUAUUUCUGAUGUUUCCACCACAAUUAUCACAGUAACUUCUUGUGUGGACAAUAAAUGCUCAGAGGUGCCAGUCACAACAGGUGCCACUGUCGUUACAACCACGAUCGAUAAUGUUCUCACCUCAUACACAACAUUCUGUCCAUUGUCUACAACACCAGCCAAGGGAAAUACUGUAGCAACUGCUGUCCCUGAAAUCACCCAAACUUACCUCCUUACAACUAAGCUUGGAGAUAACACUGUUUCAACCUAUACUCUGUACCACGUUGUCUCAGCUCCAUCACUGAUCAACACAAAGCAUGUCGGUACCCCUUCAGGAGCCGCUGAACCAAACCCUGCUGGAUCCCCUGCUGGAUCCCCUGCUGGAUCCCCUGCUUCUGGACAGAACACCGUCGCUGAAGCUAAUCCUUCAGUGACCAUCCCAUCAUCCAAGACUUCCAGUGGAACCCAAAGUAGCUCAGACGCUGCUGAACAGACCAAUAUUUCGACUGCUACAGGAUUGGCUACACCUAGUAUCACCAACUCUGAAAACAGUGCUUCGCCAUCCAGGGCCACUUCCUGGAUUUACCUUGCAUUGCCAAUGCUUGCCUUAUUAUUUUAACUGACUAAAAAAAUUCUACAAAGUUCAGUAUUCUUUCAUUACAUUCAAUGUGAUUCAAAAUUUUUUCCAUUCUUGUGAAUGUUUCCCUACUUAUUUCAAGGGGACAAUAUUAUAUAUUUUUCAAUAGAUAACGUUUUCGAUAUUUAUCCUGUAGUUGAAACUUCAACCACCGCAUUCAAUGGCUGCAAAAUGUGCUGCACUAGCUUCAUUUUUUUAUUUUUCCCCCCAUUCAAUUAAAUUUGCACCCAUUACACCACCAUUACUAUUUCUUUCUUUCUCUCUCUUUCCAGUACUCAUCAAAUCGCAUACCAAGCUCACCUACUCCCUGCUAACAUCAACCAAUUACAGUAUUCUGUAGUAUUUUCUUACCCCCCCCAACCUUUAUAGUGCAAGCGCACGUGCUCAACAUUUGUAUAACAUAAACUAUUUCUUCUUCUUAGUUCACUACCACACCCCCACAGUUCUUUAUUGUUUUUUUUU